CUGAACUGUUGUUCCAGGAGCACGAUAUCCAAUAUCGACAUAAAUGGCAAUUUCUGUUUAACGGAGCAACUACCGCUUGAAAAGGAGGUGGAAGAAGAACGUCUAAAAUUGGGACCAAAAGAAGAGAAAUCAAAAAAAUCGAAGCAGGAUGAAGCGCUAUGUAUGAUCAAGGAAGCAGCUGCGGCCGUAAAAGCGCAGGUGGAGAAAAGGGAAGCCCCCAGCAAGGAAAAAUCAGAUGACAGAAUUGAAUUUCGGGAUAACAAGUACUGGUACUUCGGUGGAAAUCCGGAUGUUCUAUCGGUCGACUCAGAGUGGCGAGUGAUUGAAUGCAAAUGA